UCAACGUUUCUACUAAUGUUACUCUCAUUUCAUCGUUCAAACAGUCGUAAUGUGUGCAUUUUAACAAAUUUGAUUUUAAUUAAAUUUAUUUAAGAAACAAAGAGAUCGGACGAAUAGCGGACGAAAUUGUGUCUUAACGUAAAAGUGUACAUUAUAACAGUGAAAAGUGAACUGCAGUUACGUCAUAUUUUAACGUUCAUAGUUUAACGUCUUCGGAUUUUUUCUACAUCUCUACAAUCGAGAUUUCCUAUCACAAUGAAGGAUAAGGAGUAUGAUAAACCCGAUACCAAAAUUAAAUUGUAUCUCAGACAAGUAUUAACAGCUUUGGGACCAUUGAUAGGAAUGUCCGUGUCUGGUAUGUCGUAUGGCUACAGCGCGAUUCUUCUUCCACAACUGAAGACAGUUUCGCUCAAUAACAGCGAAUCUUUAUUUGAAUCUGCGGACACGGAUAAUUUCGGAGUGCUCAGUAUCGACCAAGAAUCAUGGAUCGCGUCAGCUGCGGUUCUACCGAUAAUUCCGGGAUGUUGGGUCGGUGGAUUCAUGGCAGAAAAACUCGGCAGAAAGACAUCAGUGAUGCUACUAUUUCCUGUCUUUUUUAUUAGCUGGCUGAUCAUCGGUUUCGCCAACAGCAUCGCAGUUUUAAUAGCGGGCAGACUUCUUUGUGGAUCUAGCGCCGGAGUCCUGGCAGCCAUACACACGAUCUACGUGAGUGAAACAUGCGACCCUCUGCUACGUGGCAUUCUGAUAGGGACGUUCGGCGUGACCCUUUCGGUCGGUAUAUUGGCAUGUCACGUGAUGGGAACUUGGCUGCAUUGGCGAAUCACCGCGUAUAUCUGCAGCAUCUUGCCCGUAAUCUGUUGGAUUGUCUGUAUCUACUCGCAAGAGAGUCCAUUGUGGCUACUUGAUAAAGGGAAAAUUGAGGAGGCGAAACGAUCUUGGAUAUAUCUACGUGGAGUAGAAUCGCUCGAGGAGUUUUCCCUGCUGAAAACUACCAGGCUCGCAGAAGUAUCAAAAAGGAAAACCGGGAAACGAUUGUUACUGCAUUCGCUUAGAAAGACGUGGUCUUCGCGAUAUUUCCUGAGACCUUUCAGCAUCGUCUGUCUGUACUUCUUUGUCUUGCAGUUUUCGGGUGCCAACGUGAUGACAUUCUAUUGCAUCGAGAUGUUAGCGAACGUCUCUAAUCCGGCGUACACGUAUCUGAUAACACUUAUCAUCGACGCGACUCGUCUGAUAUUCGCCGUUCUCACGAACAUUCUUUUGAAAACAAGCCGCAGGCGCACCUUGACAUUCAUCUCUUAUUUUGGUGCAGCUAUCACCAUGCUAUCUUCAAGUGCGUGCUUGGCAUUUGAUUUUGGAAGACUCUGGAGUCCCGUGAUUCUACUCGUCAUUUACAUAGGCCUGAUAUCACUGGGAAUCUCCCUACCUUGGAUACUCUGCGGUGAACUGUUCUCGAGAAAGUACCGUGGACUCGGUUCCGGAAUAACAUCUAGCUUCAACUUUACGUGUUUCUUCGUGGUGAUCAAGAUGGCACCAUUUAUGAUGAAACAUAUAAAACCUGAAGGUACCUUUGCCGUUUAUGGCUUUUUAACGUUGAUCGGGUGCAGUAUUUUAUACUUUGUUCUUCCGGAAACUAAGGACAAAACCUUGCAGGAAAUUCAGAAAUAUUUCAACAAGAAAUCUCACACACUGAAAGCAGAAAAUAUAACUGUGCCACUUCAAGAAUGUGUUUCUUCCGAAAAAAAAAUUGAAUUGUAUAAGGAAAUGUCGGUUGAUAAAUAACGAUCACUUGAUGAAGGUUAUAGAAUAUAACAUGUGUAUUCACAAAUAUAUGAACAUACUACAAUAAUUCCUAUUAAUAUAUUCAUAUUAAUAUACGAUAAUGGUAUUUAUAUACGAUGUAGUUCGAAUAGAGAGUAGAUUUUAUUUUAGUACGAAAUUGUUUCUAUGGUCAUUUUCUAAUAAGAAACUGUAUUGUAUUAGCAUGAUAAAGUUGACACAUCUGCGUCA